AAGUGGUUUCUGAGCGACAUGCGCGGGGCAGAGCAUCGCCUUCGCCUGCGCACUGACAGGUCGGUGGGGUCACCACGGCCCACCCUCCGCGCGCUCCGACCCGGAUCUGGGGAGUGGAGAGGUGAAGAGCCCCGACUCUGGAAUGGCGACGGGGCGGCGGGGCAGUGGAGUGCGAAUGGGCGAUGCGAGGGCAACGUGGCUCAGGCGCAGCCGCAGAGGACGUGGCUGGGGACGGCGAGCGAAGCAAGGUACCGUAUCAGGCUGACGGACGCCGGCUGCAAUUUCGUCGGGCACCACAUGCCGCCGCCGCCGCAGCACAGCAGGAGGCGGCGGCCACCGGUUUUCCUCCUCCUCUCCAUCUAUGGUGGGGUGACGCGUCGGCAUGGCUGGUAGCAUUUCCGCACCACAUGACACUAUGACAGUAUACUCUUUGAUGGUAUCUGCACACAUCAUAUUGUGACUACUCAUUGUUAGUGCUUCGUUUUUGUUCGAGAAA